AUGGGCAACGCCGAGUUGAUCGACGAUGCUGCUCACCCCAGUCCUACUCCCACUCCAGUCAACAUGGAGUAUACACCCGAACAGACGCCCACCCCUCCGUCAGAGGAUGAGCGCCUGUCACCGACACCGUCCUCCACCACGGCGCUUGAUUCCAUCCAGGAAGCCGAGAAGGACUACUCUUCAAUCGUCGCAGACAUCAUCUCAAGGACUGUGCCCCCGGACCUCAGCCUCCGCAAAAACCCCAAUCGCAGUACUAUUGUAUGGAGCAAGACGUCCGCCAGCUUUACUGUGGUUAACAGCGACGGGUCGAGCACGGUUGCCAACAAAGAGGACGACAAGCCCGUACCCGCAGCGCCUGCCAUCCCGCCUCGUCGUGCCGGAUGGGUCGUGCCGUAUACGCCGGCCCAAGAGUGGAUCGUCCGGCUCGCCAUGCGCGGCGAGAACGUGUUCAUCCACGGCGAGGCCGGCGUGGGAAAGACCGAGACGCUGCUCGCCAUCGUCCAGAUCCUGCGACAAAAGGGCAAGGUCGUCGGGGCGCGGACGGUCGAUACGUGUGAAUGCGAGGGGUGGCUCUGCAGCGCCACCCGCGAGUGCCCACGCAAACCGGACAAGGCCCGGAAGCGCUUCGUAGAGAACGCACUGAGCUCUCCGGCCUAUCGGAAAAUGUGGCAGUCGAGGGACGUGUUUGUCCUCGACAACGUGAACCAGUAUGGCGCCACGUCCCUCGAAGACAUGGAUUACAUGGCUCGCCAGCUGCGGGGCGACAACCGUCCAUUUGGCGGCGUCCAGGUCAUCUUCGCCGGCGACUUUUUCCAAUGCAGCCCAUGCCCGCCCGUGGGCGCCGGCGACGACUGUGACUGGGACAGCAAAAAGGAGGGUGUGCGUCCCAUGGACCCCUUUGCCAAGGACACUGACAAGCCCGACACGGCCACGGACAAGCAAUACGCCUUUGAGAGCGCGUUCUGGGCCGAGUGUUUCCCGCCCACGCGGUGCAUCGAGCUCCUGCACAGUUUCCGGCACACGCCAGAAUGGUUGAGCGUGCUGCGCGCCGUGCGCAUGGGCCACAUGGACGAGCACGUCCUCGCGGCGCUGAACGCGCUCGACCGGCGGAUCACCGACCCCGAGAUGCGUAUCUGCGCGACGCGCUACGCCGCCAACCUCGAGAACCACCAAUAUGUGCGCGGGUUUCAGCCGGGCCACGUGCACCAGUACGAGGCCGCCGACGCCCAUUUCCCCCGGCAGAACGUGCACCUGCCCGACCCCCUGCCGGAAUUCUUCGACGCGCGCAUGCCCCAGCCGUGGUUCCUCAGCGUCAAGGUCGGCACGGGCGUUGUGCUGCUUGUUGAUCUGCCUGAGGACGAGCAGCUCAAGACUGGCGCCCGAGGCAAAAUCGUCGACUUCAAAAGCGUCCCAGACGCACUCGCCCUCGGCAUCCCCGUCCUUCCGUGCACCGACUCGCGCCCCGAGACGGUCAAGGACACGCCGUGGCCCGUCGUGGAGUUUGGCCUGAACAACUUACAGCUGGACAGGGGUAUGGCGCUGGAACGCGGGCUCGCGGCAGAGUAUGCGCGCGAGCGCAAGCGGAAGCGCGAACGCGCUCUCGCCGAGGCUGCCGCCCAAGCGGCCCACGAGGAGGGAGCGGGGUCGACCACCGACACCGACACUGACACUGACGCCGACACCGCCGCGGCAGCGGCCGCGACAGCGGUGGACCCGGCCUUGGCGGAAAAGUCGGUCCGCUACGUCGUGCCCGUCAUGUCGUACCAGGCAGCGUCGGCGACCAUGGUUCGCAUGCAGGUCCCGCUCGUGGUGGAUGUCACAACGACCAUUCCGCGUGCGCAGGGCCUCACCCCAGCGUCGGUCAUGGUCGACCUGAGCGACGUGCGCCAUGUCGACGGGCUGGCGUACGAAACGGCCGGGCUGGCGUAUACGGCACUUGCGCGGGCGACGGAUGCCGACGCGCUGUGGUUACGCGGGGGGCUGCCUGCCGACACGGUGGUGGUGAGCGAAAAAGUGCGGGACUGGUAUCGCGCGAUCCAGCAGGCUCCCGUCGAGCACGUCUCGCGCCGGAACAGACAGAAGCCCAAGCCCAAGCCCAAGCCCAAGGCCAAGAAGACGUCUUGCGGCUGUUGUAUCAUGUAA